AUGCUACCAUCUACCAGUCAGCCGCACCGGAAGCCUGCGCGGCUCCCGAGGUCCGCUCCUCCAAGCCUCGGGGCCCGGCUCCGGGAGGAGGGGCGCGAGCGGCCAGACGCGGGGUGGCAGCCCGGAAGGGGUGGGACUUUCCGCCGGCGGCAAAUCCUGAAGACUGACUACCGUCUCCAUGCUACCGCUGGGUUGCUCACGCCGAGCCUGCGGGUCUCCCGGAGGCUGCUGCGGGCCUGGGAACCAGCUGAGACCCCGACUCCGGAGCCAACCCCAGGUGCAGAAACGAAUGAAGAGGCCCCGUCUCCAGCAUGCACACCCAGCCCCCAAGACCUCAAGGAGCUGGAGCUUCUAACCCAGGCACUGCAGAAGGCUGUACACGUGCGAAAAGGCAUAUCUAAGGCUGGAGAAAGAGACAAGGCCUUCAGCCUGAAGCCUGGGUCCAUUGCCACUUCAGCUACCACAGCCGCUGCCCCACACCGGGCUUCUCAAACAAAACUCCCCAGGGGCACCCGCCAGGCCACCAGGCCUGCCAAGGGCCUCCCGAAGCCUAGGCUUCUGUCAGCGGGGGAUCAGGCCUGUGCAGGGAGAGGGCCCCUAGCUGCCAAGCCUGGACCCGGCCUCAGGGACCCACAGAUGGCUCCGUCGGCUGCUCCUCAGGCCCCAGAAGCCUUCACACUCAAGGAGAAGGGGACGCUGCUGCAGCUGCCCAUGGCCUUCAGGAAGGCGGCUUCUCAGAACUCCAGCCUGUGGGCCCAGCUCAGCUCUACACAGACCAGCGACUCCCUGGAUGCCACUACGUCCUCUAAAACCCAGUUCCUCCAGAAAAUGCAGGUGACUUCAGGCUGGCCUAGCUCCGGGCUCAGUGCUGCAGAGGUGGAGGCAGAGGUAGGGCGCCUGCAGAAGGCUUGCUCGCUGCUCAGACUGAGAAUGGAGGAAGAGCUCACAAGAGACCCCACGGACUGGAUGCAGGAGUACCGUGGCCUGCUCACCUUGGAGGGGCUACAGGCCAUUGUGGGGCAGUGCCUCCACAGGCUGCGGGAACUGCAGGCAGAGGAGAGUGGCAAAGAGGUGCCUGGCUGUCACCCCAGGAGGCCACAUUCCCCCGUCCUCACAGAAGUGGUGGAACAGCAGCUGGGGCGGUGGCCUGAGGAGAGGCCCCCCACGGCCUCAUUGCCUUGUGGAGGAGGAGCAGAUCCCACCUGGAGCCCCCAGCUGCUUCUCUACUCCAGCACCCAGGAGCUGCAGACCCUGGCAGCCCUCAGGCUUCGGGUGGACAUGCUGGACCAGCAAAUCCACCUGGAAAAGGUCCUGAUGGCAGAACUUCUCCCCUUGGUGAGCAUGCAGGAGCCACUGGGAGCGCCCCAGCUGGCGCUUUGCCGGGCUGUGCACAGCCUUCUCUGUGAGGGAGGCCAGCGCUUCCUCACCAUCCUGCGAGAUGAACCUGCUGACUGAACCCUUCCUGUGACUGGGCAAGCUGGUUCUGGGUCUACUGGGGGAGCACCCCUUCUCUGGUCAGAGUUAAAUGAACAGGAAUUGAGGGGAUUCACCGGUGCAGUGGCCUGGCUCGAGAUGCCUGUACUCCCCUGGAAAACCAGGUUUCUAAGGGGAAGGAAUGGACCCCUGACUCUUCCUGAGGAACUAGGUCCCUUCUCAUAGCUGCUAAUCCUGGUCAGGGCUCAGCUGGGCCCUCCACAGGCUGGGGGGGAACAGAGGCCAAUGGGGAUUUUUCUUAGUUACCUCUAUUUUCUCUCACUUUAGACUUAAAAAGCUGCUUGUGUGACAUUAAAACUACUUUAGAAAUUAUA